GCGGAGUCGGAAGCGCGAGUGAGCGUCGCUCGGUCCGUCCGUCCUGUUCCUCCGUCGCUUCGGUUUCGGCUUCGGCGUUCUUCUUUCCGCGGCUUCUUCUCGGCGUCCGUCGCUCGCGAGGUGCUCCAGGAGCGGCUCGUCGUGCUCCACGUCGCGGGAAAGCAGUAGCGAACCGUGGCCGUGGGAGCACCGACGGAAAGGCGAAGGGGACUAGGGAGGCAUCGGCAACGCAGGCAGGCCUCCUCCGGCUCAGCCUGACUGGAAAUGGAGGCGUUCGGCAGCGGCGGCGCCGGCAGUCUGGACGACAGCAUGUCGGGCGUGAGCGUUUCGGACGUGAACGACCGCCUCUGCGCCCUGGAGCUUCGCGUGCAGCAGCAAGAAGACGAAGUCACGGUGAUGAAGGCGGCCCUCGCCGAUGUUCUUCGCCGUUUGGCCGCUUCAGAAGACUCGGCCGCUUCCGCCAAGAAACAGCACGGAGCCAAAGGGGGAGCCACGGCCAACGCGUGCAUCACCAACGGAGGAACGUCUGCACGAAAGAGAGACUCUGCCUCCGUCACCAGGAAGGAAAUGCUGUCCUCCGUCGUCAAGAGCGGAGCGGCCGAUUCCAGAAAGGAGGCGUCGGGUGUCCACCGAUGUCCGAUGGAAGAGAUCCACGAGCGGGAGGAAGCUCCUCGUGACCCCGAGGACCAGAGCCCUGCCCCCGCGCCCCCCCGCCUUCCCCAAAGUCCACAGAGAAGCCAGCCCGGUGACACUAGUAAAAGCCACGCGCCCCCCAAAAGGGGUCCAAGGCGCUCUGCAGGGGUGGAGCGUUCCCAAAGUAGCACCUGGGACACGUCCGAUGACAACAGAAACAAAUUGGUGAAAGCGGCGUCGACCUCCAAACUGCUUUCCAAAGUGGUAAAGACCGCGGACAGGCACAAAGAUCUGGUGGUGAGCCAAGCAUCCAAAAUGUCGACCCGGGAGAAAAACAGCCAAGCCGAAGGAAACCACAUCAAGAUGUUCAUGCGUGGACGCCCCAUCACCAUGUUUCUGCCCUCGAAUGUGGAAAACUACGACAACGUGCGCACAGACCUUCCCUCUGAGAAGCUCAAGCUGGAAUGGGUCUACGGUUACCGAGGACGGGAUUGCCGAGCGAACGUGUGCCUGCUACCCACCGGAGAGAUGGUGUACUUCGUCGCCUCGGUGGUGGUCUUGUUCAGCUACGACGAGCGAACCCAGAGGCACUACCUGGGACACACCGACUGCGUCAAGUGUCUUGCCGUUCAUCCCGACAAGAUUCGCAUCGCCACGGGCCAGAUUGCCGGCGUGGACAAAGAUGGAAGGGCCGUGCCGCCGCACGUUCGCGUUUGGGACAGCGUCAGUCUGUCCACGCUGCAGAUCAUCGGUUUGGGGACGUUUGAGCGAGGCGUCGGCUCCUUGGCCUUCUCCAGAGCUGACUCGGGUCAGCAUCUGAGCGUGAUCGACGACUGCAACGACCACAUGUUGACCGUUUGGGAUUGGCAGAAGAAGUGCAAGAUGGCCGAGAUCAAGACCACCACUGAAGUGGUCCUGGUCGUGGAUUUCCACCCCGCUGACCCGAACACCAUCAUCACCUGUGGAAAGUCACACAUCUUCUUCUGGGCCUGGACCGGCACUUCGUUGGCUCGCAAACAGGGCAUCUUCGGGAAAUAUGAGAAGCCAAAGUUCAUCCAGUGUCUGGCCUUCCUGAGCAACGGCGACAUUCUGACCGGAGACUCUGGAGGCGUCCUACUUGUGUGGACCAGGACCCCCACAGAGACUUCUGGGAAAGGACCGCGAGCCUUUCAGAUCGUUCGCCAAGUGAAAGGUCACGAGGGCAGCGUGUUCUGUCUGUGCGAGAUGAGGAGCGGCACCCUGCUGAGCGGAGGCGGAAAAGACCGCAAGAUUGUCCUGUGGGACCACCGCAUCCGAGCCGAGCGCGACAUCGAGGUUCCGGAUCAAUACGGGACCAUCAGGGCGGUGUCUGAAGGGAAGGGAGACGAGUUUCUGGUGGGAACGUCGCGGAACUUUAUUCUCCGAGGAACCUUCCAUGACGGCUUUACGGUGGAAGUUCAGGGUCACACGGACGAGCUGUGGGGCUUGGCGUCGCACCCGUCCAAAGAUUUGUUCCUGACGUGCGCUCAGGACCGUCUGGUGUGUCUGUGGAAUUCCAGCGAUCACAAGCUGCAGUGGAGUCGCAGCGUGGAGGAACACGGCCACUGCGCGGACUUCCAUCCCAGCGGAGGAGUGGUCGCCCUCGGAACGCAUUCGGGAAAGUGGUUCGUGCUGGACGCCGAGACUGCCGACCUGGUCGCCAUCCACACGGACGGCAACGAGCAGCUGUCCGUCAUGCGCUUCUCCGUAGACGGCGCCCUGCUGGCGGUGGGAUCUCACGACAACUUCAUUUACGUGUACGGCGUCGCCGACCGAGGACGGAAGUACAGCCGAUACGGCAAGUGCUCGGGUCAUUCCAGUUACAUCACACACUUGGAUUGGUCACCCGACAACAACUUCAUCAUGUCCAACUCUGGAGACUACGAGAUUCUCUACUGGGACGUUUCGAACGGUUGCAAAUAUAUCCGAAAUCGCUCCGAGUGUAAAGACAUCGACUGGGCCACGUACACCUGUGUGCUCGGGUACCACGUCUUUGGCGUGUGGCCGGAGGGCUCGGACGGGACGGACAUCAACGCCGUCAUUCGCUCCCACAACAGAAAGGUUCUGGCGUUGGCCGACGACUUCUGCAAAGUUCACCUCUUCUCGUACCCGUGCGCCACACCCAAGGCUCCCAGCCAUAAAUACAGCGCGCACAGCAGUCACGUGACCAACGUCAGCUUCCUGUUCGACGACAGUCACCUGAUCUCCACGGGCGGCAAGGAUACCAGCAUCCUACAGUGGCGACUGAUCGACAAGAGCGGCCCGGCGACGGGGGCGGCGGGAUCGUCGCCUUCGACCCCGCCGCCGGCCUCAGAGUUAGCGCCGCCUCCCCCGGGGUCCGCUCCGCCUCUCUCCGACAGUCCCGAGUACAGCUCGGACCCCGCCGCCGACGCGGACGUGCCCGGCGACGAUAGGGCGGCGACGCCCCUCGCGCCCCCCUCGUAGCCGCCCGCCGACGAGCGGCGGGACGCGGUCGGCCGCUGUCGGCGUUCGUCUUUGUUUCGAAAACGCGCCGCUCGGCCUCCUCGCGCUCCUGAGCUUAGGGGCGCGACUCCCGCCGCCGCAGGCCGUCCGGUGUGCGGUUUGCGUGUGCUUCUCGCACACAGGUGGGUUUUCCCUCCCACGUUCCAAAAACGUGAUUGAAGACUCCAAAUCAGGGGUCACGACCUUUUGGAAAGAUGCAGCUGCUUAUUGAGGCGUCUGACACGCACCAAAUUUGCUGAAAUGAUUUGGGGUCUCCUUGUCAUGCUGAGCUUUCAACUAGCCUAGUUUUUGUUGUUUUUUUUAUAUAUUGCCCUUUCCAAAUGUACACAUAGGAAUACCAACAGUCCGUUUCAUCUCACUGGUAGGUGGCACUCAUUUAAAAAAAAAAAAAAAAAAAAAAAAAAUUAUUAUUAUUAUUAUUUUUUUUUUUAGCAAACCCGAGUUGGCGACCACUCCCCUCAAUCGGCCACAGGUGUGAAUGUGAGCGGGGAUUCUUUUCCUCUCUGACAUUAUAUGUGCAACCGAUCCAUUGUUUGUCUACACGUGCGCGUGUUGUUUUCGUCGACGGUGACAAGAUCAUUUUGUUGGCGCCGGGACGUUGACGGUCAAAACGAGGGUCUUCAAUGACUAAAUCACGAGACUUUCUUUCUUCUUCUUACGAGGCAAAAACGGUGGCGGCUGCUCCGUGAGACAUUCAAAAUGCAGCAAAUCCUCGAGUUCUCAAGCAGGAAAACUUGCGAGCAGAGGCCGUCCACCAGGGGGCGAUGUCGGCCAGUUUCCUUCCUGUUUGAGGCUGCGUGUCCGCAUUAAUCAGUUAAUAAAUGUGGAAUUUGAAGUCUGUUUCAGUCAAACUAUUAUACAUCUCAAUCUGUAGUCAUGUGCGUAUUCAAAUAUGGAGAUUGAAAGUUUCAAGAUUGAUUGAUUGAUUGAUUAAAACAGACUUUUAUUAAUUGAUUAAUGCAGACACGAACAUUUGGGCUGUUGUUCAGAAAGGCAGGGGUGGCUGCUAGUCAUUUUGCUUUUGUUUGCGUUAAGGUCGUUCUAUUAUCCUGACGUGGGAGUAUUUUGUCAAAAUUCUGAAAUUAAUUAUAAAUUAUUAUUAAAUAAUGUACAUUUUAUUAAUUAUGAACAAACUGUGAUGAAAACUAGACCAAAAUCUUUUUUGAAUUUUCGUUGACUAAAACUGGACUAAACGAUCACUUAUUGAAAUGACUCAAAUGUGACUUAAGACUAUAACUAGGACUAAAAUUAAGACGGCCGCCAAUAAUAACACUGAUGUGCCCUACUGUUGACUGGCGACCAUUCUUGUUUGCCUAUGUGCUCUUUGAUUGUCUGGCGACCAAUCCGGGGCGCUCAAAGUCAGCCGGCAUCAGUCACGACUCGGCCCACGUCAGUCCACGUGAUGUGCGUGCGUGAGUUUGUCCUUGUGAUUUGCGUGCGUGACUCAGGCCACGUGAUAUGUGUGUGCGUGUGUGUGUAUGUGCGUGCAUUAGUCAG